AUGGUGGAGCAGCGUGAGCGUGAGGAGGCCGCAGCGCGGAAAGCCGCCGCCGGUGAGGCGAAAGCGGAAGAGGAGCCUCUGGCGGCGCCGGAGGUGGUGGAGGUGAGCUUCACCUCGAGGCCCUUCGGCAUGACUGCGGCCAAAGGGCCGGGCUACGUGGUGCUGAAGGUCUCCGAGAACAAGCCAGCCGUGCAGGCCGGUGUGCGCCCGGGCUGGCGCCUGGUCGCGCUGAACGGAGCCAGCGAGGACCUGCAGCAGCACCUCAAGACCGUGGAGCUGCCGGUGACCGCCAGCUUCGAGGCGCUGCCCGCGAACGGGGACUUCUGCACCUCGUGCCAGGAGAUCUUGCACUCCAACAGCUUCUCACGGAAGAUGCGAACCAAGCCCCCUGAGAAGCGGCGCUGCUCCCAGUGUGUGGAAGCAGAGGCAGACGCAGAGGCAGCAGCGGCAGAGGCAGCGGGCUACCCUGCCGAAGGUGCUGAAGGGGAGGAGCCCCAGUCCAAGAUGUCGGAGCUUCGCCAGCUGUGCGCGGAGUCCGCCAAAGAAGCGGAGAAGGUGACCGGCCUCAAGGCGCUGCGCGGUGGUCGCGGCGCCUUGGUAGCCAUUGGUGUGCUGGCGCCCCAUGUGCCAGUAAAGUCUUUGCGUCGAUGUGCGAUCAUUUCGAUCAACUUCGCAAGUCUUACCCAUCCUGCGGAGGAAGCAACCGACCAGACACCCGAAUUCGGUUUGGAUCUCGCUGCAGCCAUUGGUUCAACCAUGCGCCAUUGGUUCCUGCUCCUCACCGCCUGCGCGGCGGUCAACGAAGAUCCGGGGCCGUCGCAGGUGCUGGUGUCGCUGGGCCGGGGUGACUGCUCACGGCUACUGCUGGAGACUUAUGGGGCACUGCAAGGAUGGGAGCCGCGCCCUGGUCUCUUCCGACACGCCUGCCUGGGCAUGGCAAAGCAGCUGAAGCUGGGGGAAGCUGCGGCCAUGAAUGAGACCUGCGGGCGCCUGGCGGCCAACGCGGUCCGGGCGCGGCGCUCCGGGAAGCUCCCGAGCCUCAACCAGCUGCAGGAGCUCUGGUGCCGCCCUCCAGACCUCACCAUGGCGCAACGUGUGGAGCCGCUCAUCAGCGCCCUGCGCAACGCCACAGGCUCCAGCGCCGCGGCGCUGAACCGCUGGUGGCAGCAGCGCCAAGAACUGGCGCGCAGCGCCGGCAACGGCAGCCUGUUGGAGGUCUCCAGCCGCGCCCUGCCGGGCUCCGGGCUUGCCCUCUUCGCCGCCGACGCCGCGCAGAAGCGCCACGCGCUCGGCCGCGCGCUGCGGGGCGCCGGGCGCGCGGCGCGCCGCGCCCUCGACUUCCUCUGCGACGAUGCCUGUGGCCUCUCAGAGCCUGCAAAGCUACGGGUCACCUAGGCUGACCAUCGUGAGACAUCGAGUCGCUGACAGGUAUCUAGACACCCAGUGUGUUGCUUUGUCUUCUUCCUUCAUUGGGGAUCGAACUGGGCCCACCCUGAC